UUACUUUAAUUUCUUUCCUUUUUUCUUUCGGAUAUUCAUAGUUUAAAUUAUACAGUACAUCGGACCAAAUUGAUAUCCGGUUGUGAUGGUUGCUGAAUGACAAUGGGUUGUCCUGUGGCACUCAAAGUUUACCUUUUUUAUGGGGGAAAAAGCCCCACAGACAGAUAAUAAUGUUGAAGGAGACACAAUUAUCACCUUUUUGUCUAUAAUCAAGCAAUGGUCCAAAAAGACGACCUAAUUUGACUCAGACUCUUGUUUAUAAAUGUUUUCCCGACUAUAUUUUUAUGGGUCUUCUUGUUUAAAUUAUAGCUCGCAAUCAGACAAGAAGGCAUGGUCAUAGACUCAUAGAUGAUAAGUUUUUCAUCUUUUGAAUUGGAAAAGAAAGGAUCAUCCAUGGCUCCUACAGGAAAAGCUUUGGAAUUCUAUAAUGAAGACAAUGACUGGUUUUGUAAUGCAGUUUUGCCAAGUGAUCUCACCAUUGUCAUAGAUGGAGUAAACUUCCAUCUUCACAAGUUUCCCUUACUAUCAAGAUGUGGGAAAAUAGAAAAGUUGAUGAAAGAAACUGAAAAUAACAAUAAAGGUACUUCCACCAUCAUCCUGGAGGACAUCCCUGGUGGUGCCACCUCAUUUCUGGCUGCUUCUAAGUUCUGUUAUGGUGUCCAUAUUGAACUUACACCUACAAAUAUUGUUAUGGUGUAUCACAUGUCAGAUUAUCUUGAAAUGACUGAUGAAUAUGGAGAUGAUAACUUAUUCUCAAAAACAGAGACUUACUUCCAUAAAAAUAUACUAAAAAACUGGAAGGAUUGCAUGGUUGCUCUUCAAAGUUGUGAAACCAUUGUAACAAAAAGUGACAAUCUCCAAAUAAUCAGUAAAUGCUUGAAUGCCAUGUCAGCAAUGGUUUGCACAGACCCGAGUUUGUUUGGAUGGCCAAUGAUGAUGAUGUAUGGUUGCUUACAAAGCCCUGGAGGUAGCAUUCUCUGGAAUGGAAUCGACACAGGUGCAAGAAUCCAAACAUCGGAAUCGGAUUGGUGGUUUGAAGAUGUUUCACAUCUUAGUAUUGUUUUGUUCAAAAGGCUUAUCAAGACAAUGGAAUCUAAAGGCAUCCAACCCGAAAAGUUAACAGGUGCUAUUAUGUACUAUUCUGGGAAAUGUCUUCAUGGUUUAGGCAGAUGGCAAAGCGGGCAGUUUAGUAAAACUAGGUCUACCACAAAAUAUGACAUAGUUGAUCAAAGGGUAGUAUUGGAAAGUAUUGUGGAUAUUCUCCCACAAAUAAAGGACGAGUCUUUUUGUCGUUUCUUAUUGGGACUUUUACGUGUUGGUUUAAUGUUGGGUGUUAGCAAUAAAUGUCAAGAAUCACUUGAAAGGAGGAUAGGAAUGCAACUAGAAUUUGCUACAUUAGAUGGAAUCAUGAUUCCUAGUUAUAUUGAUUCUGAUACAUUAUAUAAUACGGAUACUGUUGAAAGGAUGAUUAACUAUUUUAUAACUUGUGAAGAAAUGGGUUUUACAACAUUAAAAAAUGUUUCUAAGCUUGUGGAUAGUUAUAUAGCAGAGAUUGCAUCUGAUGUGAACUUGAAACCUGACAAGAUACAUUCACUUGCAAAGUCUCUUCCGGAAUCUUCAAGAUCUUUGCAUGAUGGACUAUACAGAGCUUUGGAUAUUUAUUUUGAGGCUCAUUCGUGGUUGCAUGAGAAAGAAAAAGAAGGUCUAUGCAAAAUCAUUGAGUGGGAGAAACUUUCCAUUGAUGCUUGUGCUCAUGCUUCUCAAAAUGUACGCCUACCACUUAGAGUUGUCCUCCAAGUGUUGUUUUUUGAACAAAUGCAUAUAAAAACAGCUUUAGCGGGUUGCCUUCAUGUGUUGGAUGACGAAAAUAACCCUACAUAUCAUCCAUUGGGCCUUGUACAUGAGAAUGAGCUACUAAGAGUUGGCAUGGAGAAGAUGAGAAGUAGAGUGAGUGAACUUGAACAAGAGUUCAAUAAACUGAGGCAAGAGAUGACAAGGAUGAGUGGGACCCAUUUGUGUAAGUAGUGAUUUGGUUAAGAAAACCCAUCCGAGAAACAUUAAUUAUGGAUCUUGGAUGUGUUUUCUUGAUUCUUUUUAUCUUUCUUUUUUCAUCAAUGGUUGUAGCUUUAAUGCUAGUAGAGUAAGAGAGGUUUGCCUUCAACUGUAUAUCACAAUGUCACUUGGAUUUUUGUAGCAAAUGAGCACUAUACUUUACAAA